AUGUCCCUCUUGGCACUCACCUCGCACCCUUGGGAUUCCCACCUGUACGACCUCAUUGCACGUAUCGGCGAGGCCCCCAUCUCUGUUGCAGCGCUCAAAUGUCGUCCCACCGCACGCGGGUGCAACGUCGCCGUCCCAUCAGUCGCCACCGUCAAGGAGGAGUACCGCCAUGACCUCGCCCUUGGAGGCUGCAACAUCCAUGUACCCUUGCUCUUCGACGACGGGGUACGCUGGCUCGCACGUGUCCGCCUCAACCUCUACGACUGCGACCAGGCUGAGAGCCGGGCCAUGAUGAGGAGCGACUACGAGGCCAUCUCCGCACUGCGACGCGUAGCCCCAGAGUCCGUGCCCAAGGCGUACAUGCCAGAAGAGCAGACGGACGGGCUGAGCUUCUUCUUUGUGGAGAGCACCGACGACGUCCGCCUAUUGGAGGUCAAGGUCCACAGCAGAGAUAAGAAGACUAUCCGCGAGUACGCAGACUACCUCGUCAAAGUGGCGACACUUGAAUUCACGGGAAUCGGAGGCCUCCACUCGCCCCCACCGAUAAGCCCAUUAUCAUCACAGGAAGAGGAGGAGCAGCAAGGACCCUCGCCAUGUGCCAUCGUGGGGCCCAAGGUCGAGGUCUGGCCGUGGGGCACCGCGACCUUGGGACCCUUUACCACAAGCCGAGACGCGUACAUGGCCCGAAUCGACAGCUGGCUCGCAUGCAUCGAGGCCGCAAAGGGCCAACGGCAGGACCGUCUCCUGGCCUACCUUGCGGGUCUCGAGGCGCGCUCGUUGGUGGCAGGGUGCGAGGAGAUGCGGCGAGAGGGUCCCACGUUUAUCAAGGGGCAAGACGACUACGUUGGCCCGUUCCUGCAACGGGCACAUCGAGUGGCACCGUUCACCGACUGGGAGUGCGCCCACGUCGCUCCGCUCGAGGAGGCCUUCGCCGGUCCUUUCGCCCUGGUAGACUGGACUGCCUUCAUCGGCGGCUCCAACAAACUCACCAGCGGCGAGGUCCAGCUGGCUGAACGCUUGGAAUCCCAAGGCCGGGCCGACUUGGCCGCAGCAAUACGCGGAGGACGCAAGUACCAGCGCUUACGAUACUUUUUCGACGCCCAGCGUGUUUCGCUUGAUUCGCUCAACGGGAUGCGCGCGGCGUUCCUCGGCGACGCCGCGCCGCCUCGAGCAGCAAGUCUCGGCGUGUGGGCCGAGCGCGUGCUGCCGGCACAUGCCCACAACCCAGGGCUGCAGCGCUUGCUGUCCCAGAUUGAGGACAAUGCUACAGCAGCCGCAAUCGAGGCUCAAGAUGCGGCCGACGCGGCACAGACAGCAGCAAAGGAGCUCAAGGCCGCGCUGGACAAGGUCACGACAAUGCCGCUGGUGGACCCCAACGACUUUGAGGCGCGAGGCGAGCGGGCCGCCCACGCGGCACGGCUCGAGGCGGCCACAAACGUCGCUGCAACCGCCAUGCUGUCUGGCAAGUCUGCCGCCAAGGCAGCCAUGGUGUAUGGGACGGAGGCACGCUGGGCGCUCGACAUUCUCACCGCGGGAAAGCGUGCGCUCUCCACACUGGCUGGGGCGGCGUGUGAGCUCGCCGUUGUGGCAGAGGUCGUGGAGGAGAAGGGGGUAGCGGCCAACGGCGAGGGCUGUGCCACUGUCAAGAUGGCUGUGGCAAAGGAGCUCGCGCGGUGGACCAAGGUGUGGAGGGACAUCGAGGUGGCAGCUGCCAAGGCUGAGGUCGCCACCUCACGGGCCGAGGCCGGUGCCGGAGUUGCCGAGCAGGCUCUCAAAGAGACGAGGGCAACUGUAUAA